AUGCUGUUUUAUGAGCUGCUCCCACAAGGCCACACCGUCACCGGUUCCAUAUACUCUAGUCAGCUCCAGAAGCUCGCAUCGGGCGUUCGAGAAAAACGGCCGAGACGAGCAUCGGUGCACCUCCUCCACGAUAACGCUAGACCCCAUGUAGCUAAGCAGACCAAUGAAAAAAUGGAGCAGAUAAGCUGGGACACGGUGUCCCAUCCACCCUAUUCUCCCGACCUUGCCCGCUCAGACUACCACUUAUUCCGGCCCCUCAAGGCUUUCCUAGCGAAGAAAAUCUUCACCAAGUUUGAAGAAGUCGAACCGGAGGUCAGCGACUUUUUCGACUCCCAGCCUCUCCAGUUCUGGGAGAAAGGGAUCACUGACCUGCCCAAUAGAUGGGACAUUGUCGCAAUCAAUAAUGGUGAUUACAUUAUCCUCCACAACGGUUUACCGCCUCAUAGCGGCGUGGAGGUGACACUGGGCGUCGAACUGCGAUGCACAGCGGAGGUUCAUCCUCCGGCAGGGUCUCCUAAGCUGAGAAGGAGUUCGACACAUUCGACAUUCCGACUUCUCAGAAUCGGAAGCCUAGCUAAGAGUAAACCACUGCUAAGAUUCACCACCGUCUUGGCAAAAUGUCGCAAGGUGGUUCACUGA